CUGUUAUCUCAUCCAACAGAUCUGUUGAACCCUUGGAGAGAAGAUGCAGUUGGACGCGAACCUUGUGACGUUCCUGCUCCUCGUCUGGGUCGCACAUGGACAAAUCACCAAACAGCCCAGAAAAACAAGAAGCAAGGGAGCGACUCGGGGCAAAUUUACCUGGAAGGAUCAAACCCGGUGCACAUGGACAGCCAGUGGAGAGAAGCUCUCAACACUGAAGGUCACUUGUGGCCCGUCGACCGGGGUGGACCCUGAUCCUGGGGUCAGCUGCGAGUACACGGGCGAGCCUUCGCUAUGCCCGGGUCACUCCGCCAAUCCCAAAGCCUACUGGCGGCAGAUCACCAGAGCUCUUCAGAAGCAGGAGCGACUCUGUAGUUCUCGCAAGCCUGUCCGAGCACGCAUGUGCAAGGGAGCUUCGCCAGGCGCGCACUUCAGACUCGUCAGGGUCAAAACCGCCACGACGCCAAGGGUCAACGUUACAGAAACGAUGCCCACGCAGGAGUGCACAGGAAGCGUCGAUCAUCAGCAGCUCGCAGAGGAAAAGUGUGGGGAGUCAUGGGCGAGCUUCUGCAACUUCUUCUUCACCUUGAUCCAGAGUUCAGAAUGCUGAAGGUGCUAGGACCAUAUACCACCAUACACCAUAUACCACACAUAUUGUGACGUCACAAACCUCCUCCUCAUCUUUCCUGUUAGCAUUUUUGCUAUUUCACUUUUCAUACACACGUCUUUAUUGGGGUUUUUUCCCUCUACAAAAGCAAACGUGUGUGGAUUCUUGUGUAUAAUGGUGACAAAUAGCCUUAAAAAAAAUAAUAUUUAAAAUUGGUAUUUCUGACACGGCCAUUUACGCUAGCAUAGCAUCUUAGCAUUAGUUUUUUCCUGUUUAUCAAAGCCGUUUGCUCAUGACGCAAAUUGUGCCUAAUAUUAUCUACAAAUUGAGGUGAAUUAUCACGUUUAUCAUUAAAUAAUGCACUAAUGAGACGCUUUUGUGGAAAAACUUUCGAAUUAAACAGUUUAUUCGAGUUUUAUUCGAUAUUAGAUAAGAAAAUUCAGCUUCUCUUUAAUAGUCGGUCUGAUAGGCAUGGUUGCCAGAUAUGACUUAAACCCUACGCAAUAAGCCGCACAUUAGACAAGCAAUGUCAAAACACUGAUUUUUCACCUUUAUAACUACAUACUGUAUAUUUAGGCGAAAAAUAUAAAUGUUAAUUAUUAAAUAAUGCCCUAAUAAAAUGCUCUUGUGGUUAAAAGUAUGAAAUCAAAACAGUUUAUUCGCGUUUUAUUCGAUAUUAGAUUAGAAAAGGGUUGCCAGAUAUGACCGAUAUCCUAUGCAAUAAGCAGCACAUUAGACGAGCAAUGUUAAAACACUGAUUGUUCUUCUUUAUAACUACAUACUGUAUAUUUGAAAGGAAAAAUAAACGUUUAUCAUUAAAUAAUGCCCUAAUAAAAUGCUCUUGUGUGGAAAAGUAUGAAAUUAAAUCAGUUUAUUCGCGUUUUAUUCGAUAUUAGAUUAGAAAAGUAGUCAUUCAGCUUCUCUUCAAUUGUCUGUCUGAUCAGGGUUGCCAGAUAUAACCAACUUCCUAUGCAAUAAACAGCACAUUAGACAAGCAAUGUUAAAACCGUGUGAUUUUUCUCCUGUAUAAUUACAUACUGUAUAUUUGUAAAAAAAUAAUAAUAAUAAACGUUUAUCAUUAAAUAA